AUGAACGGCGACCAUGGUCCUAUACUGGACAAGAACAACAUCAUAAAUGUAAGAGAUGGAGAGUCUUUAUACCAAAUCUGCAUCAAGCUGCGCCGGCGGUUGGCUGGCGUUCCAGGUUUCCAGCCCUAUCUCGAUGAAAUGGAUGAGCGCGAAGCCGAAGGAUUGACAGAUCCUGUGUCCUCUCUGUGGCAGUGCUUUCGAAGUGGUUUGCCCCUCUUGACGAUAUUCAAUGCCUCCAAUCCAGAACAAGAUGUGAAACUUGGCCCGACUCCGGCCCACAAAGUCGGGAAAGCCGCCACCAUGUUGUUCAUCAAGUCUUGCAUGGAGCAAAUGGACAUUCCAGUCCAAGCUACCUUUAGCGUCUCGGAACUCUUCAGCGACAACACAACCAAUUUUGUGAAAGUCACUAAACUUGUCAACCGGGUGCUGGAUAUUCUCGAAAUGAGUGGGAAAUUACCCGAUUUAACAGACAGCGGCGAGUCACGUGAAGGAAGUGACAGCGGUGCCAGCGCCCCAGAACAAAGUCCCAAGACGAUGACUAGGAGGCAAUAUAUAUUGCGGGAACUCGUUGACACCGAAAGACAAUAUGUUCACCAUCUACAGAAUCUACAAGCUCUGAAGAGGGAAUUAGAGGAAGUCGGCGCUUUGGGGGGCGAUGCGAUCCACAACAUCUUCCUCAAUCUGAACAACCUUCUAGAUUUCGCUCAGCGUUUUCUCAUUCGGAUUGAACAACAGAAUGCGGUCCCUGAUGAUCAACAGAACUGGGGUCGACUCUUUGUCCAUUACAAAGACCCCUUCAGGCAAUAUGAACCCUUCAUUGCCAAUCAGAGGAGGUGUGAAACAACUUGCCAACAGCAAUGGGAUACUAUGGUUGCCACUGCCAGAUCGACGCUUACCCGACAAAUGCUUGCGAAUCCGACCAUUCUGAACGGCUUCCUACUCAAACCCUUCCAAAGGUUAACUAAAUAUCCCUUGCUGUUGAAAGAUUUGCAAAACCAAACCGAAAACGAGACGUUGAAGGAGGACUUGAACAGCGCCAUUGGUAUCAUCCAAGACGUUCUCAUGCAAGCCGACGCCUCGAUUGACAAGGAAACUCGCGAUGAUGCUCUACAAGACCUGCAGGAACGAAUAGAUGACUGGAAGCAACUACAAAUCCAAUCCUUUGGUGAACUGCUGCUUCUGGGAAGUUUCAGCGUUAUGAAAGACAGCGGACUUCGUUCAGACGAGAAGGAAUAUCAUAUUUACCUAUUCAGUCGCAUAUUGAUUAUGUGCAAAGAUGUCAACGCUAACAAGCCCAAGAACAGAUUGGCAAACACUCGCCAGACGCUGAGUAUGCGUGGGAAACCAAAAAUGAACUUGAAAGGACGCAUUUAUUUCACCAAUGUUAUUGGUGUAACACCUCAGUCGACUCCCGGCAACUAUUCGUUGCAAAUCUCCUGGAAAGGUGAACCCGCGGUGGAUACAUUCAUUAUCAAAUUCAAGAGUGACGAGACACUACAAAAGUGGCAUACCAUGAUUCAGACACAGCGAUCAUCUUGUAUUCUGGAAGCAAGAACUAGGGGCACGUCUGACACGCAACUCCUCUCACUUCAGGGCGUGAACAUGGAAAAUCCAUAUCUACAUUCACAGGAUGACGAUGAGGACUAUAGCCGGAUGUCUGCCACGACAUAUGGAGGUACCGACGUUAGUGGAUACUCCGAUUUUACCAUGAGCAGAAAUGCUUCAAGCACCAGUCUGAGGGCUCGUUCUGCCACAGGCGGCAGUGGAGGAAGCAAUCCACGUAUGCGCAUACCGACCUCUGAGAUGGGCGGACUGACCUUGAAUACCCGAGGACUUCCAACACAAUCUCCUCAAGAGCAUCCUGGCAAUUCGUACUUUUCUCCCAUCGACAGGGAAUCGUCAGGACCGCCCGGUUCAAUGUCCUCGAGAUCGAGCUCCCAGUCAGCUUUUGCUGGGUACAACAGAGGAACAACUCCAGUCAGUGCGGGACUGUAUCGUCCCGAGGAGUCUCACCGGAAUACUGCGCCGGCGAUGGCACGAAAUCCGAAUGGGCAAGCCACCGGCAACCCUUAUCUAGUAAAUGGUCAAAGAUCACGAGGUCCUCCAUCGGCAGGUGGAAUGGGACCUCCUCGAAUGCGAUCUGCCAGCAGCCCAGAUGUUCAUCCUAUGGUACAACAAGGUCGUAAGUACGUCUCCGGGGAGCAUGCUCCCAGUGUACCACCUAUUCCUGCACAUAUGGCAAAACAGAUGGGUGCUCCGAACAGAAGUCAGAACAAUUCUCCAAUCAAUAAUCCUCCAUCACGAGGUAGCACCCCACACCAGCAGUAUGGCUUGCCUUCAAGUCAGCGGCCAACUAUUCCCAAUCAUGGAUACACCUACGAUGCAACUUAUGGCGCAGAUCCAAGAAAACCAGGACAUGCUGCGUCACUAUCACAAGGCAGGGCCUUUUCCCCCCCCAUAUCCUCACCUUCCAGUGAUAGUGACUCGUAUCUCCCAAGCCAAUUGAAAGCGAAGGUAUGCUUUGAUGAAAAUUACGUUUCGAUGAUUAUUGCGAGCAACAUUCAAUUCCGUUCUUUGGCAGAGCGUAUCGACGCUAAACUGGCGCGAUUUACGAACCAUUCCAUUUCUUCUGGUUCGGUUCGGUUACGAUAUAGAGAUGAGGAUGGCGAUUUUGUUCUCAUUGACAGCGAUGAGGCCGUACAUGAGGCGUUGCUUGACUGGCGCGAAACCCAGUCAUCCAAUGCAAACGCACAGGGCGCAGAAUUAUUGUUGUUCGCGCACGUAGUGCACGGCGACGCCCCUCCCAACACCGCCUAA